AUGUCAGUCAUCUUGCAACCUAUCACUAUUGGAGGCAAGCUGGCCCUCAAGAAUCGGAUCGUGAUGGGAUCCAUGACUCGCAAUCGCUGUGUGGACGAUCUGAAGCCUGGCGACGCCCAGGUCCGCCAUUACGGGGACCGGGCGCGGCACGGCACCGGACUCCUAGUUUCCGAGGGUGUAUUCAUAGACUGGACCGGCAGCGAGUUCCCGAACGCCCCAGUCAUUAUCAACGAGGAGCACGCCCAGGCAUGGCGCAAGGUCGUCCAUGCCGUGCACAGUCAAGGCAGCAAAAUGUACCUCCAGACCUGGCACGCUGUAGGUCGUCUUCAACACGAGUACGAUACGCGUAUGAAAAGCACCAACAUUCCUGUCCUGGCACCUUCCGACAUCCCCGCAACUGGAGGGAAGUACCGGCAUCUCCCGGGGAACCCGGGACAUACGGACAAACUGACUGUCAUUGAGAACCCGCGGACUGUCAUCGAGACCUACCGCCGAGCAAUCCUGCUUGCGAAACAGGCCGGCUUCGAUGGGAUCGAAAUCUUGGCCCAGGGCGGCUACCUGGUCCACCAAUUUCUUUCCUCCCGAAUCAACCAUCGCACCGACGCAUACGGCGGCUCCGUCGAGAACCGAUGCCGCUUCCUCCUGGAGCUCGUGGACGUUGUCGCCGAGGUCUAUGGCGGCGCCGAAUACGCCUGUGUCAAAAUCUGCCCGGCAGACAUCUGCAACGGCUCUAUCACCACGUACAAAGAACUCAAGGAAACAUAUAGCUACUUGGUCACGGAGCUCGUGAAGCGCAGAGUGGGCAUCGUCUGCAUCUCGCGCCGCGGCUCGGUCUUUGAUGACGACUUUGCCGACACUAUGGGCGCCCCAGGCCGACCUGAAGAGUUCGCGCUGCCUCCCGGGUACGAUCCCGUGCUGGACCUUGGCUCCCUGGUCAAGUAUCCCGGAAGCCCGAGCUUGUUGAUGGCAAACCAUGCCUACACGCCGGUGGAGGCGGAGAGGCUCAUGACGCUCGACAAGAUCGAUUUGGUGCAGAUUGCUCGUCCGUUCAUGUUCAACCCGGACUUGGUUGUUCGAGUUCGAGACGGCAUCCCGCUGGCUGAGAAUGACAGAGGCAGCAUGGUGGAAUACGGCCCAUUCAAGUGCCCAGAUGAGAACUACAACGACUGGCCUGUCGCGGCUGCGAUGUAAUUCUUGGGUGCCUCGAGGUUCCAGUAGGCUGUGUCAGCAAAGCCCUCAUACAAUUGAGGCGGCGUGUGGUGGAUUGUUGCGCAUGGUGAAGCUAAAGAUGCUCGCCGACAUUUCGCUGACACCAAAAAAAACAAAAUAACCAAAUUCGAUAGGACAUGAGGUUUGCCGGAGGAACAUCCUGAUUUUCCCUGUGUCAAACGAUUAGAAUAUCAGACGUAGUAGAUAGACCUUAUAUUCGCAAUCUGGAAAGCCCUCGGGUGUAGCGAGGCCCAAAUGGACUGGCGAUCUUUUCGCGAAAACUCUUUCGC